UCAAGAAUGAUGUAAUAAUUUGUCUUGUUCAUUUUCUGGCGAUUUUGUGACAUUGAAUCGGCUUGGCAGCUCAAAGCCCUUGCAGACGUGAUUGCGAAAUCAGGAGUGAUGAAGGAUACACGUCUGCUCUCCACCCGUGCCAUGCUCAGCACUACACUCUCGUCCUUGCCGGCUUCCCUUCUUCCGCCUGCAUUGCAGACCCUUCCAUCAAUCCUCAACUCGCUCCGUGCAGAGCUUCUGCUUGUACCUCCACGUGUCAGUGCUUGGGAGAGGGGUCUGGAGCUAUUCCCUGAUACGGGGGGCUCGGAUAUAGGAUCAGGGGAAAAUAGGAAUGCAACAAGAAAUGGGAAAGGAAAAGAAACACAUAAACCCUCAAACCCUCCAAUAGAUAUCGCUAGUCCCUCCCUUGCUCACAUCCACGCAUGUCUCCGCCUCGUAGAUGCCUACCUCUUGAAAGAGUGGAUGGGUCAUGUUUCAUCGCUUUCUGGUGUCGCAAGUGACGGUUCACAUGGGACUAGAGAACAAUCAGAAAUUCACCGUGCGCUGGCGGACCCGGUACUUACAGACGAACUUGUGGAGCUAUGUGUGGCUACUGAAAUUCUCGUGCAAGAUUGUGUACGAGAUUCGGAUACAAUGAAUAAGGAAGAGGACACAGAGGAGGGUCAGGCACGCAAAACCCUAUUCUCGACCCUCCGUAUCCUUACGCUUCUUCCGUCCUCCACAUCAUCUCAUUCCUAUCCUUUAUCUUCAUACUCUCCUUCGUCCCUAACAUAUUCCGACACUCAUGGUGAUUCUUGGAUACCAAGCGACACAGCCCUAUCCUUGAUUACCCGCGUGGUGUUACGUGCACAAGCUGGAUGGGUUGGGAGUCUUAGUGCUGAUUGGAUCAAAGGAGGACGGGAUGACGAAGCGACACGGGGGGAUGAACAACAUGCGGUAAGACCGCAGGAGCUAGAGGAUAUCGAUGCUUCUUCCCCACCUUUAUCCGGCUCCUGGCAUGCAUCUACGCGUUCCCCUCGAAAACGGACACCGCCUCCUGUUCCCUCACCGUCCAAACUUGCGCGUAAAAGCAAUGCGUCAAGUAGACUCGGGAAACAGGGUACAUUGCAUAAAAACAGUGCGCCGAGUAGAGAUGCCAGCGCACUGAGCGAAGGAAAUGGCAUAGGUAAAGGGAAAAGCAAGGCUACAUCAGUUCCUCCAUAUACCCUCACACGUGUCGAGUCUUUCGACUUGCUUUGCCUGGCGCUUGGGUUGCUUCUGAACUGGGCGUCUGGGGGCAUCGAAGGUAGAGGAGUGAGUGAGGGGGUGGGACGCAUUCUCCUCAAUCGCACCUGCUCUUCCAGUCGCAGCUGCUCGCAUAUCUGUUCAUGUCCUCCAUCUUCACAGGUACCGUUACUCUCGUGCUUGGUGUCUGUAUAUCAGGCAUUUGGCAGUCCCGUAUCUGUGUCGACUGGUUAUCCAUCGCGUAAAGCAAAAAUCAUGUCUGGCCACGAAUGUAAACCAACCGUAGGCCGUCGAAAGUCACCAUCUACACGUCAGAAGCAAAAUUCUCCCUCUGCAAGCCAUAGCUACCCAUCCACAUCCCCUGAACUUAAAGCUACUUCCGCCCUAUCCACAUCGACCACAUCCAACAUACCUCCAUCUCCAGAACUCACUUUCCUAGCAGGUUACACCGCUGUCCUUCUCGGUCUCCUCUGCACACCCACAGCUCCGCGCGAAAUACGAGUGCUGUCUACCAACCGAUCACUGAUAUUUGGCGACGUCCUUAUCGAAACGCUCAUCACAGACGUGCGAGACUUUUUGGCGCUGUAUGAUGAUCUCGAGGAAGAACUCAGUGACGAGGGCGAUAUUGUGGCUGUGGAUACGAAUCCAGAUGUGAAUCGAGGGCAUGGACGAGGUCAAGGUGAGGGAAGGGGAAGGGGUAAAGCGUUGGAGAAGAAGAGCGAGGAUAUAGCGCGUGGGGUUCUGAGAGCGCUAGAGGCGCUACGAGAUGAUGAACUAUGAAAUAGUCGUCGAUACUUGCUUUCAAGCGCGGGGAUUUGAAGAUCCUUUCUGUCAAUGACGAUGGUUGGGUUAUAUUGUAGCAUAUG